AUGUUCUCAACAACUCGCGCGUCGCUUCUACGACGAACAUUCACAACCUCGGCUGUAGAAGGGUUUAAUGGAGCUGUUGGGAAUACACCCCUCAUAUACCUCAAAGGACUUUCCAAGAAGACAGGGUCUCAUAUCUAUGGCAAAGCAGAAUUCCAGAAUCCUGGUGGAAGCGUCAAAGACCGUGCAGCACUCGGCGUCGUUAUUGAUGCGGAAGAGAAAGGGCUACUAAAACCAGGAGGAACAGUUGUAGAAGGAACGGCUGGAAACACUGGAAUUGGUUUGGCUCAUGUCUGCCGAGCAAGAGGCUAUCGUUGCGUGAUAUUUAUGCCAAACACUCAAAGCCAGGAAAAGAUCGACCUACUUCGCAUGCUUGGGGCUGAGGUACACCCUGUUCCGGCCGUUGCUUAUGAGAAUCCUGCAAACUACAACCAUCAAGCGAGGGAUUUCGCGAGAAACACCUCAAACGCAGUUUGGACUAAUCAGUUUGAUAACACGGCAAACGCUGCUGCCCACUACAAGACGACCGCCCCUGAGAUCUGGGAGCAAACGAAGGGUAAACUGGAUGGAUUCAUUUGUUCCACUGGAACGGGCGGGACUCUAGCUGGUGUGGGCAAGUACCUGAAGGAAAAGAGCAAAGGGAAGACCCAAGUUUGGCUGGCUGAUCCGCCGGGCAGUGUAUUGGCGAGUUAUCUCAACAGCGGGGGAAAACUAAUCGAAAGAACGGGCAGUUCGAUUACGGAAGGUACGUUUGGGUGAAACAAAAAAGGGUGUCUUCGUUCACUUGUUUCAUAGGAAUUGGUCAAGGUCGUGUAACGGAUAAUCUGGCCACCAUUGUUGGUGACAUAGAUGGGGCAUUCACCGUUCCCGAUACGAAAUCCAUAGCCACCCUCUACGAUUUGCUCGACACGGAAGGACUUUAUCUUGGAGCAAGCUCAGCGCUGAACGUGGUUGCCGCUGUGGAGUUGGCUGUCAAGCUCGGUAAAGGGUCCCGAGUUGUGACUGUCUUGUGCGACGGGGCGUAUCGGUACCAGAGUCGACUUUUCUCCAAAAAAUGGUUAGAAACCAAGGAGCUUAGAGAAGCGAUACCCUCACAUCUGCAGAAAUAUGCAGUUCUGGAUUAAUAUCACUUUCGAAUAGUGUGCCUCUGUUAGAGCUCUUGUGAAUAAAGAUUUGCGCGCUGUUUUUUUUGUUUGGCUGUGCUUACAUGA